GUAGAAGUGUCCCAGCAGAGACAAAAGCAGGCAAAAUAAGGACUGGAAAAGAGGGACAUCUCAGUUUAUCAGGAUUUCUUGAGUGCUGCUGCAAUGCUGCUCCGCUCAGGCUGCAAAAAGCCGUGUGAAGUGUCUCUCCACAGAAGGCAGCGUGUUAAGAGGCAAUGUCUGCUGAGCACUGUGAGAACAGCUCCUGAAAAGUCAGCAUUCAGUCUGCGAGAAACACUGAAAUGCUAUAUACUGACUGAAGAUUCAAAAACGGUGCAUUUUGACAUAGAUGAAGAUGGUCAUCAUGAAAUAUCAACCAAGGACUCACAAUCUCAUGAAGAUAUUGCAUGGUUAAGCGUAUUCACAAGGAAUGAACCAGCAGUUACUGAUUCUAAAAAUUUGGUGAUCCUCAUGCAGAGAUCAAAGCUUAAUGAAUUUGUCCUGUUGUGCAAGGGUAAGAAGCAGCUCUCUCUGAAGGUCUUGAAAGCAUCCUGUUCAGAACCAAAUUAUCCUUCAUUGACCAGAUGCAACAUGAAAACAUGCAGCCAUGAAGGUCCUGACUUCAAACAGCUGAGUGAAGAUAAUAACUUUUUCAUCAUGCAUUACCAAGGAGAUUCAGUGCAGUUCCAAUGCUAUGAAGACAAAAGUUACUACCUGUAUGUGAAUGAUGACUCACUUGAUAUACGCAAGCUGGAAAACGAAGCACCUGACGAGGAAAAAAAUUUUUACUUCAGGGUGUCAUAUUUACAGGAAAAGUAACUUGUCUACCUUUCAGUGGCCUAAGUGUCCAUACAAUUCCUAUAAUAAGAUAAGAUAUAAUAAGAUAAGCUAGAGAAGGAAGGUUGACAUCAACUAAUUUCUGUUUUGGCUUAAUUUUUACUUAAAAAUUUAUUGAGUCACCAUUUUGCAUGAGUAACAUCCUGUAUUCUCACCAGGAAAAGAGAAAGGCUAAGUUGAAAAACACACUACCUAAUCAGUCUCUCUGUAUCUUACCUGCACAAUUAUGGUUUUAAGGAGCUGGAUUCUUCUGGAAGGGGAAAAAUACAUAGGGGAUAUUUCAAAGACAGCAAAAAGAAGGAAGCAUAUAUGGAUAUGAAGUACAAAGCACAGUUAUUACUCCAUGUAGUAAAAAUUUUACUUUUUAAAAAAAUGUCUCUUAUGAGCUCACCUGAACUUGAGAAGAAAACAUUUAGAAGUUACUAAGUGCAUAUGUGCAUGUCCUGACUGACUGACUUUGGAAAAGGAGUGGAAAAUGCAUCUCAGGUCUAACGGACAACAAAGGGAAGGCUGAAGAGUAGACAGGUCUCUUGGCCCCUGUAGCUCCAAGUUAGUCCACAUACUCUAUCAUGCAACUUCAGCAUCUAUCCAGCAUGGCAGCACUCUUAAGAAAAUGUACACAGAGCAUCAGACUUGCCACAUGCAGGCAGAGGGAGGGAGGCACAUUGAACCAAUGGGCCGUAACCGAUGUCUUGGAACACUGACAGAAAAUUGCUCGGACGUAUUGGCUUCCAUCCCUGAAUCACAGAGGGAAAUGCAGUCAUGUCUUCAGCUGCAAAGCAGAGUGCAGAACAGUAUCUGAAAAAUAAUUAAAUGUUCAAAACGACUGAAUAAAUAAACACUGGGUACUUAUGUGGGGUACACUGGAGGAGCAGUAAGAGUACCUGCCUUUCAGCCACAGGGUCUGCCAGUGCGAACUGGAAGAUGCUGACACUUAAAUAUCCAUAGACUAUACCCUGCAAGGCACAAAACAUCUGAAAUACAAGAGAAAACAAACCAUAAGUGAUCAGGAUCACUAGGUGUUAAAGAUCUGUUUCCUUGCUGCUAUGCAUGGAGUUCCACUGUGAUUUAGUGGCAAUUUUCUUUGAUGCAAGUCAUCUGGGAAUGUAUGUGUAUCAAUGAUAGACAUCACACACCUAUGCCAAAAGGUUGUCACUUAGUUGCAGUGGAACAACCCAUAAGCUACACAGCACUUGCAGGAAUUGUUCUAUAAAAAUAUAACAAUGCAUACCUGAAAUAGGAAUCCUAAUGUCAGUCAAUCACACCAAUGCACAUUACAAUAUGGCAAUUACUUGUAGUAGACCAAACUCCAACCACCUGUGAGAGCUUAGAUUUUUCAUUUCCCCACCCCUACUAGCACUGUGGGGUUUCACUGCUGAGCUUGUUGUAUUCUUCAAAUAGUGAAAAUCAGUCUGUUGCUUCCUAUGCUGACUGAGCAGAAGACAGCUUUUGAGUGUUCCCUAAAUAAUACUUAGAACUUCUGAAUCUAUUAAGAAUUCAGUGAAAUCAGCAGGAAGAAAAAACCCCCAAACUCUAGAUACUGAUUUCAGCAUACAUUACACUAGAAUUAAAUUAUUUUAGCCCUUUCUAUUAUGUUGUGCAAUAAAUAAAUUCAAUUAUAUAUCAGGUACAAUAAUUUUGCUAACUGAUACACUAUAACUUCAUAGUCAUACAUUUAUUAUUGGUAAUAAUAAUUUAUUAUUAUGUGAUUAUAAUGUGAUUACUACAUUACAGAACACAGUCUUUAGAUGGUAAGUUGGUGAAAUGAUCACAACUCAUCAUAAAGCUCAUACAAAGCAUAUGAAUGAAAUGAGCAUUGCUGAUGCCAGUAAAAAAGUAAUGUUGACCUCAAUGAAUUUUGAAUCUAUUUUAUAUUUAAAACUUAAAUUAUGGUUAUUUGCAGAAUUUUAUACUUCUACCACCUACCUUAAAAAGAUUUUUUAAAUGGUUUAAGGAACAAAAGUCCUUAUGGGAAGCAGCAGUGAAAUUUCGUAAAGUUUCAGAUUUGAGAUACAAGAUAGUAAUGUCAUUUGAGAGUUUUUCGCAGAAAACACAAUAAAUCCAGCUAGCUUUUUAACUACAAAUGUACAUAGAGAAACAAGUUAAAAAAUUCUUAUGUCUUUUGGAUUCUUAUUUUCCUCAUAUAAACCUUCAAACUGACAUUUUCAAAUUCCCACUAAUCUGAGCAUCUCAUGAGCGGCAGAUAAGUUUUUGUUUUGUGAGGUGGAAAGCAUGUAGAAAUUCUAUUUAAAAAUAGAAAAUGAAUGCCAGUCUGUCUUUUAGAAAAAUAUAGCCUUUAACACUUUAAAAUGCAAAAAAACAUUUAUCCAGUGUGUCUACCAGUUGAACGUGAAAUAUAAUUAAUAUUUUGCAUUUUAUUUUCAAAACAGUACUGAUACUUUUACUUAGCUAAUGUGAUAAUUAUUAAAGUACUAUCACAAAUAUUUUGCUCUUAUUUUUCUUUUCUUCAGAAACUGUUCCUUAAAGAAAAUACUGCAUUCUGUUUGCUGUAGAACAAAUUAAUGCAAGUAUUCUUCAUAUAUAACUUCUAGUACUUUGACCAUAUUUGUGACUUGUUAAAAUAAAACCUGUGAGAAGAACAUCAAUAACUACGAAGAAUGUGAUUUUUAUGCUAGUUAAUCUGACAAAAGCUAAGAUAAUGUAUGUGAAAGAGGGGACCAUAUUUUCUUAGGAUCUAUGUGCUAAUUUUUCAGGAAACCAGAGUUCUUUCAAUCAUGGAGAAGGGAAUGGUCAUUUACAGUAACCCCCCACACACACACAUUUACAUUAAAAAACACUCAAGACUAGUAA